GUAUUGCACGCAGUUCUGAGUUCUGACCACCCUGGUUAAGUCUCGACCGCUUACGCGGACAAGAAUGAUAGAGAGAAGAGAGAGACAAGAUAUUGAGGAAGAUAGAAGAGAGAGAGAGAGAGAGAGAGGGGGACAGGAGAGGUCAGGCGUCAGGCUACUGUGUGUACCUGCUUAGCUGCAAUUUGCAAUAGCUAGCUGAAAGAACCACUGUUCUGGCUGCAGAAGAACGAUAAAGUGACUAACAGAGAGAGUGGAAGGAAAGCAAAUUGGUGGUUGAAGGAACAAAUUUGUUGGUGAAGAUGUGUAACUUUUAGUUUAUACGCUUCAGACUGAAGAUUAGCUUCUGUUACUAAGGUUAGAGACAGAAAGAAGUGGUAAAAAGUUAGUAACGGUUGAUUAGAGAGGGAUUUUCUUAGUUGUUAUGAAGUAGAGCUUUUAAUUUUGAGGGUUUAAAUGUGAGAUCUGAGUUUAGCAAAGAGAGAUUUAUGGAUUCUACGGAGAUUUCAAUAAAGGGUAACGGUGGAAACUUAAGGCGAGAGAGCUUCUCUUCGGGUCAUGGCGAACCCAACGACCCAAGGAACACCAUGGAAGGACAGCAAAGUCAUUCUAAUCGUCGCAUCUCUGCAAGAGAGGCUGAAACAGCGCUUUACACGGAGCUCUGGCAUGCCUGUGCUGGUCCUUUGGUAACCGUUCCUCGUGAAAAAGAGCGCGUCUUCUACUUCCCUCAGGGACACAUCGAACAGGUGGAGGCGUCCACAAAUCAGGUGGCGGACCAGCAAGUGCCAGUUUACGAUCUUCCAUCAAAGAUCUUGUGUACCGUGAUCAACGUCCAGUUGAAGGCUGAACCGGAUACCGAUGAGGUAUUCGCGCAAGUGACUUUGCUUCCUGAUCCCAACCAAGACGAGAGUGCAGUGGACAAGGAGGCUCCCCCAACUCCUCCACCACGAUUUCAUGUGCAUUCAUUUUGUAAAACCUUAACUGCCUCAGAUACGAGCACCCAUGGUGGGUUUUCUGUGCUUAGACGACAUGCAGAUGAAUGUCUGCCGCCCCUGGAUAUGUCAAGGCAACCUCCCACACAGGAAUUGGUUGCCAAGGAUUUGCAUGGUAAUGAAUGGCGUUUCAGGCAUAUCUUUCGGGGUCAACCGCGGAGGCAUUUACUUCAGAGCGGAUGGAGUGUAUUUGUUAGCUCCAAAAGGCUUGUUGCUGGUGAUGCGUUUAUAUUUUUAAGAGGUGAGAACGGGGAACUUCGAGUUGGUGUUAGACGUGCUAUGAGGCAGCAGGGUAAUGUUCCAUCAUCUGUCAUAUCUAGUCAUAGCAUGCAUCUAGGAGUGCUGGCAACAGCAUGGCAUGCCAUCUCUACAGGAACCAUGUUCACUGUUUAUUAUAAGCCAAGGACAAGCCCAGCUGAGUUCAUUGUUCCAGUUGAUCGAUACUUGGAGUCUAUCAAGAACAAUUAUUCCAUUGGAAUGAGGUUUAAAAUGAGAUUUGAAGGAGAAGAAGCUCCUGAGCAAAGAUUUACCGGUACAAUUGUUGGAAUUGAAGAUGCUGAUCCCAAAAGGUGGCGAGAAUCCAAAUGGAGAUGCCUCAAGGUGAGAUGGGAUGAAACUUCUACUAUACCUCGCCCGGAGAGAGUUUCAACAUGGAGUAUAGAGCCUUCUUUGGCUCCUCCUGCAAUGAGUCCCCUUCCUGCGCCCAGGCCUAAAAGACCCCGAUCCAAUAUGUUUCCUUCAUCCCCAGACUCCUCUGUUCUUACCAGAGAAGGUUCAUCCAAAGUGACUGUAGAUCCUCACCUGUCAAGUGGAUAUUCAAGGGUCUUGCAAGGUCAAGAAUUCUCGACCUUGAGAGGCAAUUUUGCUGAGAGCAAUGAAUCUGAUACUGCUGAAAAAUCUGUAGUGUGGCCAUCUUCCAUAGAUGAUGAGAAGAUUGAUGUGGUAUCUGCUUCAAGAAGACACGGAUCAGAGAACUGGAUGCCCUCUGGGUGGCAGAAGCCAACCUACACAGAUUUGUUAUCAGGCUUUGGGGCACAUGCUAAUUUCUCGCAUGGGUUUGGUGAACCCUUUGUUGAUCAAACUGCAACAGCUGCUAGUAGAAAACUUGUAUUAGAUCAGGAAGGCAAGUUUAACUAUCUUCCUAGUCCAUGGUCGUUGAUGUCAUCAGGCCUCUCCCUCAAGUUAUCAGAGUCUAAUUCAAAGGUUCCUGUAAAAGGUUGUGAUAUAUCUUUUGAAGCACGAGGAAAUGUCAAGUGUAGUGCGUUUAAUGAGUAUCCGAAGCUUAAUGGUCGCAGAGUUGAGCAGUCUCAUGGAAACUGGUUAAUGCCCCUCCCACCACCAUCUCAUUUUGAUAGUCAUGCUCAUGCAAGAGAGUUGGCGCCAAAACCUAUUUUGGUACAAGAACAAGAGACUGGGAAAUCCACAGAUGGAAAGUGUAAGCUGUUUGGCAUUCGCUUGUUUAGUAAUCCUGUUGCGCCAGAACCAGUAGCUUUGCAUAGAAACACUUUCAAUGAGCCAGCUAGUUGUAUACAUACCCAGAGUGACCAGCUUCAUGUAUUGGACUCUGAUCAAAGGUUAGAACAUUCCAAGUUUUCUAAAAUGACUGAUGAUAAUGAACAGGAGAAACAGUCGCAAGCUGGACUACUUCAUUCAAGGGACAAUCAAGGCAAAUUUCAAAAUGCUUCAACUAGGAGUUGUACCAAGGUUCACAAACAGGGGAUUGCGCUUGGGAGAUCUGUUGAUCUUACCAAGUUCAACAACUAUAAUGAGUUGAUUGCUGAAUUGGAUCGGUUGUUUGAAUUUGAUGGUGAACUAAUGGCUCCCAAAAAGAAUUGGCUGAUUGUGUAUACUGAUGAUGAGGGCGAUAUGAUGCUUGUUGGUGAUGAUCCUUGGCAGGAAUUUGUUGGCAUGGUUCGCAAGAUCUUUAUCUAUACCAGAGAGGAGGUACAGAAGAUGAAUCCAGGGACCAUAGAUUCAAAGGGUUUUUGACAAAGGCAUGCUGGGCGAGGGUGUUUAUGUCCAUUUCGACUGAAAAAAGUGGGAUCUGUGCAAGUCUACCUCGUAUAAGAUUGGCAGGCUGGCUGGGUGUUUCAGAAAUCGAUGGCAAGAAUGGUUAUGCCCAAUUUUGGACCUGUUAAUGGAGUUGGUAUUUUAUGGUGUUAUACAUAAGAUAUAUACCCCCUUUGUGCUAAGGCAGGCAAUGGUGGCCCUGCUUAUUUUUAAACCAUCGCACCCUGUACAUACUAUAGUGUUUGCCUCUCCCCUACCUACCUUCUAAUGCAAGUUUCUACAUCACCUAGUGGUUUUUUGGGCAAGCCUACAAUCGUCUAAUGUUCAUUUUGUUGGCUUCUAUAUAAUAUCAUCUGUUUUUACUGCUA